AUGCUGAAUUUCAGCAUUUUGAUGUUAAUUGCAACUCUGAUGAUUCAGACGGCUUUCAGCUACGAUUUCGCUGUCGAAUCGUUCUUGCUUCCCAAAUAUUCUAUAGAAUAUGUAGACCAUAGGGUAUUUGAGCAAACCGUGCUCAAGAACGAGAGCAUACUGGAAAGUGGCUCUUUUGUGAGCUGUGGUAAGUAUACGACGUGUUUCAAGCCUUAUUUGGAGGCCGAGACGGUGUCGAUAGGCUCACUAGAACUGAAAGACCAAGGUCAAAAAGAGUUUGAACAAAGUGCACUUUUAAUCGAAAGGGAGCUUGCAGGUCGGUGCUUACUAUUGAACAGCGGGUUUUGGAGUUUCCGCUUUUGUUAUGGCCAAAAUGUUACGCAAUUCAGCGUAAACCAAACGUCGAAGACAGUCGACCUUCAUUACUUACUGGGCACUUUUGACGCCGGUCACAAUGAGAGCUUGGGAUUGUCACACGACAUAAGAGGCUUCUACGUAAGUCAGAAGGGUUUUAAGGGUGAUUUUUGUGCCAAUAUAGGCACAAAUCGAUGGGUGGAGGUGAAAUACAUAUGCGACCCCACGGUCCAGGAAGCGCGCGUGGUGAAGGUGAAAGAGAUAAAGAUGUGUCGAUACAUUGUCGUUGUCGCGGUUCCUGGUAUAUGCCAACUUGAACUUUUUUCUGCUGGUGAACGUAUAAAUUCGGCUCAUCCCAUCCUUUGUUCGAGACAAACGGAGAGCGACUCCAGCGGGAGGCUAGAUCGCCCUCGAAUCAGCAGCCUACAGCCUUUCUUCCUCGGUCACAAUUUCUACUACUUGGAAGAUCGCACACAUCGUCACGACGAUUCUCACAUUGCUUCGAAACUACUAUUCACUGGAGAGAUAGCGUUCUCUGACGCAAGCUCGGAUCUGCAUCCAACGGAAAACGCUUUCCUGAAAAAGGCGGUAUAUGCUUUUCAAGAAAUGACGUCCAAAGGACUGCUCACAGCACCUGAUGGAUCGCCUUUCAUGGACGGGGACUCCAUGACGUGGGUGAGUGAAGUUGUCGAUCUUGAAGGACAAACACUUUGUAUUCUGGAAGUUGUCGUUGAUGCAAACUCAGAGGCCAAUCUUUCCUUCCACGAAAUCAAGUCUCAGAGCCCUCCAGUUACCAAAAACAUCAUCCAGUACACAAAAGGAGUGCCCGAAGAUCCAGCACUAACAAGCAACACUUCCACGGCGCAAAACGGGAGCCCCAAAAGAGACAUGGCAUUUGACAUAAGCGUCAACGGCAAAUCGGACAGCGAAGGCCUUAGAAAGAAACUGGCCCAAAACAUUCACGAAAAUCUAGAGGCAAUUCUAGAUGAAAGGAUUGAUGUAACCGUUGCAGAAGCAAAGAUGAUCGUAUUGGAAGACGAAGAACUCGAUGAUGAAUUUUCCCUCGAAGUCGAAGAAGAAGCUAACUCAGACGUCACGCCAGUAGUCGAGCCACCUCUACCUGUAGAUCAGGAGGGACUAGAAGAAGCACAUACUGGAAUCGAGCAUGAUGAACUUUAG